AUGUCUUCCUCAUCCGAGCGGAUCGCUGUUGAAAAAAAUGUUGGGCACAGGAAGGACGACAUGUCGGGUGGCGGUCUACGUCUCGACAUUCCUUCGUCGAAUCAGGCUCCGGCUGACACCGUCGCGAGCUCAAUGACACCUAACCGUAAUCAGUUGCAGGAUACAUCCAGUGCUGGAACAGGCGAGGGAGGAUUAGACUAUGCCUUCUCGAACUCUUCAACUCAUCCAAUUCGGCAAAGUACGAUGCCAACGCAGCUGCGUCGCAUAGUCACGCCUGUUCGCAGCGCCACUGGUUCCGUCUGGGUCACGCAUACGGAUAAUGCGCAUGAGCUCGCUCCUCCAUACUACUACCCGGUGGUCCCUGCGACCUCUCCUCAGAUGAAUUACGAGGAAUGGUGCGCGGCAGCAGCUGAUUUGAACCCGGUCGCACUGUCAGCAGCAGCUAGUCCGGCGAUGAUGUCUAGCGUCGCGGACCAGCAAGACGUAGGUCAGCAAGUCGACAGUCAUGUGGGAUGUAUCGAUCCGGCUUUGAUCGCGCAAGAUAGGGUCGGCGGUGCUAGCUUGGAGCAGGCGAACUGCUCAUCCAGCUACGGGGACCGGCCAUUGCCACACGUUGGUGCGCCUUCUUCCCCCGUCGUAAUCGAGUCGGCAAGCGCAAAUCCACUGUUUAACGCCACGCGUUCGCUGCCUAUCUCUUCUGUGGGAGGUGUCCGGCCAAAACCUUCUCGAGGAACGUGUCAUUUUGGGGAGAAAUGUGGAAAACCUCUACAUGAUUGCAGCACUCGCGGCGUGAAGGAACAUUUCCUCCUGUUCCACAAACACGAGUUGGAGUACUACACCUACGAAGGCAAGGAGGUAGUGGACUGUCCUUGGUACGAAGAAGGGAAACCAUGCGCCCAAACACUUGCGCGGGACGGUUUGUACAAGCAUAUCGCCACCCGCCAUCUGCGCAGUGCUGAAAGUUCUUGCCCUUACUGCCGCAACAAGAUCUCUCGCAGCGACGCGAUGUUGCGCCAUUUCAGGCGAGACUGCAAACUCAUACCCGCUGACAUCAAGCACAAAGAGGAGGAAGAUUGGGCGCCGGGCGGGUGCUAA